CCGGCUCCACUUACCCUACCAUCCCACUCGAUUCAUCCAUCAUCAGUCCUCCUCAUUCCCCCAAACCCCCGGCUCCAUCGAACCAAACCUAUUUGAAUCGCCAAAGCCGGUGGCACGCGGUGGGUCUCACCUCACAGUCUCCGCUCCUCGUCCUCCCCCUGCUUCGCUUGCCUCGCCGUCCGCCCGUCCCUACUAAUCUCCUCCGACUGAAGACGGCGCCGCCGACGGCCAUGGAGGACCCACUUGCCACGGCGCCGGCGCCGCCGCGGCGGCCGCACAGGGAGCGGCGGCACAGGCGGAAGGCGUCGGACGCUGCCGCGGCUGCACUGGCGGCGCAGGCGGCGGCGUCCUCCUACGGCGAUGUGUUCGGCGGGCCCCCGCGGUUCGCGCCGCCGCCUCCGGCGUUCGCCGCUGCCGCGGGGGCGGGGACGACCGCGCCGGCGGACUACGCCGAGGUGUUCGGCGGAGUCGCCGCCUCCUGCUCCAUCCCCUACCUCGACCUGCCGCCGGCCGUUGCCUGCGGAGACGGAGACGGCGGGUACGGCGAGAUCUUCGGCCGGUUCGACUUCGGGGACUUCGCGGUGCCGUACGAGGACAUGCUUCCUGGCGCAGAGUGUUUGCUGGAGGAGAUCGCGUCGCCGAGCGGGAGCUCAAGAUCGUCAACUAGAAAAGAAUCUGCCGAGUUGGAUGCUGAGCCAUCUAUACUCUAUCAACAAGUUCCAGACGCUGGUUCAGGCAGGCACUUUGACGACGAGCAAUUUCAUCCAGUAUCCUUUCCUCCAGAUGGCGAACAAACAUUCACUAUGUCAUAUAACAAGAUCACCAGGGGAAGGCCAGAUGAGCUUGUUGAAGUGACUGCUUGCAUAGUAGAACCUUCAAUAAGCUAUGUGGUCGACUCUUGCAAUUUGUCAAAUGAUUCAGAAAUGGAUUGUGUCCCAGUAAUGGACAUUGGUACACAACAUGCUAAUGGCGUGAAAGAAAAGAUGAGCCCACCAAAUGUUGCAGAUUCCAGCCUGGAGAGUGCUGAUAGUGCUUAUGUAAUUGAUCAGCAGCAACAUAUCCCAACAUGCCCUCCCAUCUCUGAAAAUAUUUGUCAGGAUGAAAAUGACGACAAGAGGUCUAGCACCCAUUCAGUGUCAAGCGAGGAAGCACCUUCCCCUGACUAUCCAUUCUUAAGGGUAUCCAACAUCAACCUUCCAGCAGCACCUAUCAAAGUACAACCACCACCGAUGCCCCCAUCUAAAUUGCUUAAUAAAAAGGGAAGCAAUGAAAAUGGAGAUUCUGAUGUGAAUCCUAACUCAGUUGCUGCUGCUGCUGCUAUGAAGGAAGCAAUGGAAUUUGCUGAAGCCAGAUUAAAAGCUGCAAAAGAAUUGAUGGAGAGAAAAGGCGGCAGUUUUAAACUACGUAAGCGGCCAGCUCAUCACAGAAGCACAAAAUCAACUGAAAUUAAGGAAUACAAUGCACCUGAAGAAGUGCAUGUAUUUGAAGAAAAGCUGAAUAUGAGAAGAUUGGCAAGAGAGGAAAAUCAAAGCAAUGAUAUGGCUUCGCUGGAUAAAGUCAUGGGCAGUGGUGCACUUAAGCCUGUUCACAGCGAUCAUGACAAAAAAGGGAUUAUAUCACCAGGGAAGCAUCAGGAGACGACGCACAAUGGCAGUGAACUAGAACAAUUAGGAGAGUGGACGUCAGAUGCUGAUUUUUAUGAAUUGGUUAGCAAUGAUCAGAAAAGCAAAACUAAUGAAGCUGCUUGCAAAGGAGACAAUGGUCUGAUGACAAAUUCCUUACCCAAGCUUGACCGGUCUGAGAAUGAAAAGUCAGGUGGCUUUGCAGGUGAAUCAAAAAGGUUUAGGAAGUUGUGGGAUACUAACAACAGAACAUGUCUGCGAACUGAACAUGUAAAUCGGGGAAAAGAUGAUAUAGAUUGUGUGGAGGAUGAACAAAAGGCUCCAAGGUCUCCAGAAGUUACGGAACAUGUAAAUCAGGGAAAAGAUGGUAUAGAUUCUGUGGAGGCUGAACAAAGGACUCCUAGGUCGCCAGACGUUACUCCUUGUGAUGAAAGGGUGACGUAUCAAGAGCCCACCAAAGGAAAUAAUGGUCUGAUGACAAAUUCUUCCAACAAGCUCGACCAGUCUGAGAAAGUAAAGGAAGGGGGUUUUGCAGGUGAGCCGAAAAGGUUUAGGAAGUUGUGGGGCAGUAACAGUACUACAGUUCUUAGAACAGAGCAUGUAAAUCUGGGAAAGGAUGGUAUAGCUUUCGUGGAGGCUGAAGAAAAGGCACCUAGGUUUCCAGAAGUUCCUCCUUGUGAUGAAAGGGUGGCAUCCCAAGAGGCAACCGAUUCCCAUUUAAAACAAUGUCCAGGGGUGGGGAAUUCUCUAGGCCACGGAAAUGAUGCGCAAUUUGAGAUUUCAUACAUGAAUAAUUUACCCGCAGGGGUCCAUGCUAAUCCAGAAAUCUCCAGUACACUUUCGGAACCUUGUUUAUCUGGAGGUCAUGCCAAUGGUAAUGAAAAUCAUUCUGAAAGCACAGCUGAGGAAACUCCAUUGGUAGGAAACUCUAACCAAGAUGUCAACAGUAAAGAGGAACUUCAGCUUCCAUGCAUGGAUGGGUUGCCUUGUACUUCAGAAAGGAGUCAGAUUUUACAGGGACAUUCUAAUGUUAUUAAUGCUGAUGAGAUCAAGGAAAUUGAAGUGAAAAUAUCAAAAUUAGAAGAGUCUUCCAAAUCUUAUUUGAAUUUUGAGGAAGAAAAGCUACUCAGUUUUGUUGAUGAAUCACGCCAACAGAACAAAAAUGGAAGAGCAAAUGAAUUAAAUUCAGACUCACUCAUCCAUGAAAAAAUGACAAAAUUCGGUAUUGAGGAGAAAGCUGAUGCGCAUGAAGAUUUUCAAGAGGGAGAUAUGGAUCAGGUUGCUGGAUCUGCUGAAGAGGAAGGUUAUGUUACUUCAGGAAGUGGUAUUGCUAAUGAAAGUGAAUAUGAAGAAGCAGAAGCUGAUAUAUUUGUAGGAGACAUGGAAUCAAAUGUGAGAACAUGUGGUAUUUUUGACAAAGAUCCAUAUCAGUGCCAAGAAUCACAAGGGUCAUGGGCACCCCAAGAUUUGGAUAACAGAAUGGACAGAGUCAGUGAUACAAUAUCCCAUGGAAAGGAAAGAGAGACUAAAGACUGCUUGCUGGACAAUGUUGAAAAUACAGUGGCAGAAGUACUAAACCAUGACAGUAGGGAAGGGCAGAAAUCCAUGGAAACCGUUGUCUGCAUAAAGCCCAAAGAUGUAUGUGCAGAAUUUAAUGUAAGUAGUGACAGAGAUAGUAAUCUAUUUGAUUCUGCUGAUGAACUUAUUACUGAUGGUGGCAGUGAUUAUGCCAUGAAGAUGAGCACAAUGUCACAUAAUCUGCAAGCUUCGUUUUCAGAAGCAUGCAGUAGCAUGCAGCACCUUUCUCAAAAACCUGAGUCUGUUUCUGCUGAGAAGGCUGAUGAAAGCACUCUUAUUCUUGAAAAUCUUGAAGUGGAUUGCAGAGAAGCAGGUAGAGAAAUUCCAACCAGAAAUUGUACAGUGUCAGAAGAAGGGCAAAAUAUUGGAAGCGGGAUAGAAGAAACAGAGGGAGAAGACAAUAUAUCAAAUGCAAGGUUCAUGGACCAGCAACCUUUUUACUUGGACAGUGACAUUAGACCUAAGGUUGCAGAUGACACUGCAUCAGAAACUACUCUAAAAUCAAGAGAAGAGAAUCUUAAUGUUCAGAGAACUAAAGUGAGGAAUGACAUAAAAGAGGCUGAAGGAGAAGUCGAGAAGGAGGUAAGACUUGAUGAAGAGAAAGAAAAAGAAUGCAAAAUGGGAACUGAGAUGGAACAAGAUAAAGAGAGACGGAGAAGAGAGUUGGAAGAAGAGAAGGAACGGGAAAUGGAGCGAGCAAAAGAUAGGCUGGCUGUUCAGAGAGCUACAAGAGAAGCACACGAGAGGGCAUUUGCAGAGGUUCGUGCUAAGGCUGAAAGAAUAGCGUUAGAAAGGAUCACCUCAGCACGUCAAAGAGCAUCUGCAGAAGCUCGCGAGAAAGAAGAGAAGGCAACUGCUCAAGCAGCUCUGGAGCAGGCUUCGAGAGAAGCUAGAAUGAAAGCAGAACGUGCAGCAGUUGAGAGAGCAACUGCUGAAGCUCGGGAGAGGGCAAUUGAAAAGGCAAAAGCUGCUGUAGAUGCAAAGGAGCGAAUGGGAAAGUUCAGGUCCUCCUUCAAGGAUAGUUUUAAGGCACCUAAUCAGGAUAAUCAACAGGAGGCAUCAUUUGAGAAGACAGCUUAUAAUAAGCAUGGAAAAAGCAUGGAUUCUUGUGUUGAAGUAGUUGAGGUUGAGUCAGCUCUACGACAUAAAGCAAAAUUGGAAAGGCACCAACGCACAGCUGAGCGAGCGGCAAAAGCCCUUGCUGAAAAGAACAUGCGGGACAUGCUGGUGCAGAGGGAGCAGGCUGAGAAACAUAGAUUGGCUGAAUUUCUUGAUCCUGAAGUCAAGAGAUGGUCAAAUGGAAAAGAAGGAAAUCUGCGAGCAUUGCUGUCUACAUUGCAAUAUAUACUUGGUUCGGACAGUGGCUGGCAGUCAGUUCCCCUCACAGAUCUUAUUACAGCUGCUGGUGUGAAGAAGGCAUACAGGAAGGCAACCCUUUGUGUCCAUCCAGAUAAAGUGCAGCAAAGAGGUGCUACAAUCAGACAGAAAUACAUUUGUGAGAAGGUGUUUGAUCUUCUUAAGGAAGCUUGGAAUAAGUACAAUUCCGAAGAGCGCUAGUGGGAAUAGGUGGUUCCUUAUUAAUUUUUACGGGGUACAGGAUAUUGGUUAGGUAUCUCUGUAGCCAUUGCCAUACUGAUUAAUUUUUUACAUUGGUGUAAAUAUGCAGCUGUAGAGGACAUCUUCUGGUCAUUUUUUAUCCAUAUCAAUGCAAUAGUAGAGCAUGUGUUGCCUCUUGUCUAGCAUCCCCAAGUUUUGCCUUUGCUAGACUUUAGUUCUGUACUUCUGUACCUUUUAUAUUAGUUUGACCAUUCCUAGCAAA